CAAGAACCACUUCUGGGUAACUGUUGCUCCCAAGAAGUUCCCCCUAAAAAGAUCUCUGGAGUCAGUCGGUCAGAGUUGGUUGGCAUCGGUGGCUGGGCGAGUUGCAGUUCUCCCUCGAAGCCAAGCGAAUCAAAGCCAAGCAGACAUGAAACUUCUGAUCCUUACCACCACCCUGCUGGCUGUGGCGAGUGCCGCCCCCGGACUACUUGACUAUGGACUGGGACACACAGCACCGGCCAUCAGCUACGGACAUGCUGCCCCCGCAAUCAGCUAUGCGGCUGCGGCUCCAGUCAUCAAAUCCUACGCACCGGCCAUCAGCUAUGCAGCACCCACCGUCGUGAAAUCCUACGCUGCUCCGGCCAUCAGCUAUGCGGCUCCGGCUCCGUCCUACAGCUAUGCGGAACAUGCCCCAGCCAUCAGCUAUGCUCCCACUGUGGUCAAGUCGUAUGCGGCUCCUGUGGCAGUGGCUGCCCCGGUGGCUGUCAAGUCCUACGCACCGGCCACCAGCUACUCGCACUUCAGUUCGGUUGUUUCCCAUGCCACGCCCAUCGUUAAAUCAUACGCCGCUCCCGCCAUCAGCUAUGCCGCACCUGCCCUGGUCAAGUCUUACGCCGCUCCGGCCAUCAGCUAUGCGGCGCCCGCCGUCGUAAAGUCGUAUGCCGCUCCCGCCAUCAGCUAUGCGGCUCCGGCUCCAUCCUACAGCUAUGCGGCCCAUGCUCCGGCCAUCAGCUAUGCCGCACCUGCUCCGGCCAUCAGCUAUGCCGCACCUGCCGUGGUCAAAUCCUACGCCGCCCCCGCAAUCAGCUAUGCCGCACCCACACUCCUGAAGUCGUACGGCGGUGGCUAUGAUGGCCACUACGGUUAUCACUAAGCUCCAUCAGGGGAUGGGGAUGGGGAUGGACGCGGAUCAGGUCGAGAAGCGAGUUGUGAGGCAAGGAGCUGCCGCAGCCGAGGCACGUUCUUCCUUCUUCCUUUAGUAUUUCCCACAGUCCAAAAGUAGUCGAAAUCCUUCUUUCUAUCCAAACCAAACCAAACCGAACCGAACCAACCCGGAUCUGUCUUGCUCUCUGAAUAUUUUGUAUUUAUUUAAGGCCCAUUACUUAUCUCUCACUGCAAAUAAAGGAAAACCAUUCGAUUU